AUUUAUAAAGUGAAUAACAAGACUGCCAUUAAGGAUGGAUGUGUUAAACAUGUUCAGUGAUUUAACUACAUGUACUUUACUAGUUGGAUUGGUUAUAGUUCUUCUAAUUGCUGUCAUCAUGUCCAAGAAAGAACAAUCUGGUAUUCCUCCUGGACCAUUUGCUUGGCCGAUUGUUGGUAAUGCCUUUUCUAUGGGUGGUAAAUACAAAGGAAAGCGGCACAAAUACUUUGACGACAUGCGAAAAAGGUAUGGAAGUAUCUAUAGUUUCUAUUUCGCCAGUCAGCUGCACGUAGUUUUGAAUGAUGCAGAUUCCAUUGAAGAAGCAUUUGUGAAGCAUAAGAGUGAGUUCAGUAACAGACCAGCAGAUUCAUUCUGGAUCGUGAGGGAAAUCAACAAAUAUGGAACAGGCAUCGUCUGGUCAAAUGAUGACGCAUGGAAGGUAAAGACGGGGUUAGCACACCAGAUUCUCGGAGAAUCAAAUCUUGAAGAUAUGGUGAGAGCGGAAACAAAAGUUGUGUUAGAUGUUUUAUCUCAGUCAGAUGGAAAGCCAUUGGCCAGUCAAAAACUGUUCUUAAAUGCAACGGUAAACAUCAUUAGUCGUAUACUUUUGGGUUCCAGAUUUGACGACAAUGAUCCUGACUUCCUCCGCAUUAUCGAUGUAGUUUCAACAGCUUUUACAAACGAGGGAACGUUUUCAAUGCUCAACGUGUUCCCAAAACUACGCUUUUUACCGUGUAUAGCAUCCAAAUUAAGAGUACUUUUUGACAAAGUUGGCACAGUAAGAAAUUAUCUGUCUGGACAAAUUAGUGAACACGAAAAGCAACACACAAAAGAUAAACCAAACGAUUUAAUUGACGUUUACCUGUCCAAAAAAGAUCAAGAUGACGGAAUGAAAUUAGUUAGCAAAGGUGAUCUUGUAAGACUUAUCUUGGAGGUAUUCCCAGCAGCUUCGGUUACAACAACGAUUUCUUUGAACUGGGCGUUACUUUAUAUGAUUCUACACCCAGAGAUACAAAAGAAAUGCCAAGAUGAGAUUGAAAGCGUUGUUGGUACCGAUCGGAUGGUACAUUGGUCAGACAGAUCAAAGCUGCCUUACACACAGGCAACUCUUCUGGAAAUUCAACGUGUUGCAAGUGUUGCCGCAACAUCUGUUCCACAUACACCUACCAAAGAUGUCGUUCUAUCAGGUUUCUUGAUUCCAAAGGACUGUAUAGUUAUCGGUAAUUUGUAUAGUUGUCACUUUGAUGAACAAACAUGGGACGAACCCUUAGUUUUUAAGCCCGAAAGGUUUCUAAAUGAUGAUGGAAACCCGACAAAACCUCCUGCUUUCAUGCCGUUCUCUGUGGGCCCAAGAAGUUGUCCAGGUCAAACUCUUGCCGUAUUGGAGUUAUUUGUAUUUUUUACUAAUAUUUUACAGAAGUUCUCUCUGACUGGUAGUGGGGAGUUGAGUACAGAUGGUAAUUAUGCCAUCUUCUUGUCGCCGCCUCCAUUUCUUAUUCAUGCAAAAAGUAGACAGUAGUAUAACAUGUAAUUAAUAAUGAGGUAUUCAACAUUCAAUCAGCAUUAUAUUGUGUUCUUAAACGUUUAAAUGAUUUCAGUUUCAUCGUUACUUUCUAUUGUUAAUAUAAUUGGUCCAUUGUUUUAAUCGCUUUAAUAUUUGUACUUAAUUGAUAGUUAAAGGAGCUAAAUCGCUAAUAUUUGGCACCUAGAAAUUGACACAAAUGGGUCACAAUGCAUAUAGGCUAAUAAUGUAAUAUGAAUGUAUAUAUAAACUGAUUUACAUUCAA